GUAACUGGACGCUCUAGGAAGGUUACCAUGCAACGUCAGCGUGCCGAUUAAUAUUAAUAAGUCAAGCGUUCGCCAUAGUAGGAAUAGUUCAUUGUGCCUUUGUGGUAGGGUUGCGCCCCGUUACACGUCACACGCGCUUUCGGCUACAGGGUUGAAGAUACAGGCAAUGUCACACAGCCCUCCUCAUCAUCACGACUAGAAAUUCACCGUAUCAUACAUACAAAGCUUUUGGGGAAAAUAAUAACCGUAUCGCUCUGGGCUCUUUGCUCUAGAAGCUGCUGUCCAGGGUCCUGAACUUCUUCAGCCCAGCUUCACUCUACUACAUGCAAACAGGCAGCUCCUGACACCCAGUUCUAAUUAUCUUUACAUCAGCGCACAAAUUUAAACCAUGGAGGAGGGUUACAGAGACCGUUCGGCCUUCAUUAAGGGGGCUAAGGACAUUGCCAAAGAAGUCAAAAGGCAAGCAGGUAAAAAGGUGGGCCGACAUGUGGACAGGGUGAGCGACGAAUACAGCAAACGCUCUUACACUCGCUUUGAAGAGGAAGACGAUGAUGACGAUUACCCAGUGCAGGCCCAGGACGGCAGCUACUAUCGCAGCAACAGCCGGGCCAACGACGACGAAGGGGCUCACAGCGACUCCACAGAGGGCCACGAUGAGGAUGAUGAGAUCUACGAGGGCGAGUACCAGGGCAUCCCCAGAAAUGACUCAGUUGAGAAGGCCGACAGACAGGUGGACGGAGUGGGACAAUCUCAGUUCCGGGACAAGUCGCAGUAUGAGGGCGAAAGGAGGAAGGACCAGGAGGAGCUUGCCCAGCAGUAUGAGACCAUCCUCCAGGAGUGUGGCCACGGCCGUUUCCAGUGGACCCUGUACUUUGUGCUGGGUCUGGCCCUCAUGGCUGAUGGCGUGGAGAUCUUCGUGGUGGGAUUCGUACUCCCUAGUGCUGAGAAAGACAUGUGUUUGUCUGAGCCCAACAAAGGGAUGCUGGGUCUAAUUGUGUAUCUGGGUAUGAUGGUGGGUGCCUUUGUGUGGGGAGGUCUGGCUGACAGAAUCGGCCGUCGACAGACCCUUCUUAUCUCUCUCUCCAUCAACAGUGUCUUUGCUUUCUUCUCCUCCUUUGUCCAAGGAUACAGCUCUUUCCUGUUCUGUCGUCUGCUCUCUGGUGUGGGGAUCGGUGGCUCUAUUCCCAUCGUGUUCUCUUAUUACUCUGAGUUUCUGGCUCAAGAGAAGCGUGGGGAGCACUUGAGCUGGCUCUGCAUGUUCUGGAUGAUUGGAGGCAUCUACGCUGCGGCCAUGGCCUGGGCCAUCAUUCCCCACUAUGGCUGGAGUUUCCAGAUGGGCUCAGCCUACCAGUUUCACAGCUGGAGAGUGUUUGUGCUGGUGUGUGCCUUCCCAUCUGUCGCCGCUAUCGCUGCGCUGACCACCAUGCCAGAGAGCCCACGCUUCUACCUGGAGAACGGAAAACAUGACGAAGCUUGGAUGAUUCUGAAGCAGGUCCAUGACACCAACAUGAGGGCCAAGGGCUAUCCAGAGAGGGUUUUCUCUGUCACCACUAUUAAGACGGUGAAACAGAUGGAUGAGCUGGUUGACAUGGGUGGAGAGGCCACAGCCUGGCAUCAGCGCUGGAGGAUCAAGCUGACCAACCUCUUCCAUCAGGUGUGGAGCAACUUCCUGACAAUAUUUAACCCAGAGUACCGGAGGAUCACUUACAUGAUGAUGGCCGUGUGGUUUUCCAUGUCCUUCAGCUACUAUGGGCUGACUGUUUGGUUCCCUGACAUGAUCAAAUACCUGCAGAAACAAGAGUACUCCUCUCGCACAAAGGUCUUCAUCAAAGAGAAGGUAGAGCAUGUGACCUUUAACUUCACCCUGGAGAACCAGAUCCACCGGAAUGGAGAGUACUUCAACAACAAGUUCUUGAAUCUGAAGAUGAAGUCUAUGGUAUUUGAAGACUCCCUGUUUGAGGAAUGCUACUUUGAGGAUAUCACGUCAAGCAACACCUUCUUCAGAAACUGCACCUUCAUCGCCACCCUCUUUUACAACACAGACUUGUUCAAGUACCGGCUGAUCAACAGCAAACUCAUCAACAGCACUUUUCUGCAUAACAAAGAGGGCUGUAUGCUGGAUUUCAGCGAUGAGAACAACGCAUACAUGAUCUAUUUCGUCAGCUUCCUCGGCACACUUGCUGUCCUUCCUGGGAACAUCGUGUCUGCCCUGCUCAUGGACAAGAUCGGACGUCUAAGAAUGCUGGCGGGCUCCAGUGUGAUUUCCUGCGUCAGCUGCUUCUUCCUGUCAUUUGGAAACAGUGAAUCUGCUAUGAUCGCCUUGCUCUGUCUAUUUGGGGGCAUUAGCAUUGCGUCGUGGAAUGCCCUGGAUGUGCUUACAGUGGAGCUGUACCCCUCAGACAAGAGAACUACAGCCUUUGGCUUUCUGAACGCCCUCUGUAAGUUAGCUGCAGUUCUGGGCAUCAGCAUCUUCCAGUCGUUCGUGGGCAUCACUAAAGCGGUGCCCAUCCUCUUCGCAUCAGGGGCUCUGGCAGUGGGAAGCUUCUUGGCUCUCAAGCUCCCUGAGACUCGUGGUCAGGUGCUUCAAUAGUGCAGCGUUCCAGCGUACAGGUGGCGGCGUUUGAGUUUGACCCUAUCCGUGAGUGAGCAAAGCUGGAAGCAGCCGGCACAAAUCUACCAUUUACAGAUCUCUUCAUUCCUUUAAUAUGUGCAAUCGUAUUAUUAUUUCAUUCAAUUUUAUUUGACUUCAUUCUGAUCUACAUGUAUAGAUAUGUUCCCUGCUGAUGUCUCACUGUCUUACAGAAAUAUUGGAAAACCUGUGCGAAUGUGUUUGUGUGUGUAGAAAAACUGCCAUGUUAAACACAUUCCAGCUUUGCGUUAUGGACUGAAUGUGAAAUUUAACAUGUUCAUUUUGACUUUCCCUUUAACCUUCAUCCGAGCCAUCACGUGAUAAUUUGAAAAGCAUCACUGAGGACCCGUGAAAUCAGUAGGUAGAUAUAUUUGAAUGGACAGUGUUGGUCUAGUGGUGCUGGUGAUGGUUAAUGUUGUUGCUUUACUCUAGUCUGUUGUGUCCCAAAAAUGUAAAAAGUGUGGGAUGCCGCAAUUGCCUGCAACAUCGGCUCAAGCACUCCUCACUUUUAAAAUGUUUUAAUGCAUUAACACUGACGUCAAAUUACUAUAUUAUAGACAGUGGUUCACUCAUUUCUGGUUUUUGGAAUUCAAAUUUGGUUGAUCUUUCAAAAUGUCUGAUUAUUGACGGUGUUGUGCAUGCAAUGAAGCGUGUCGAUUCAUAAGAAUAUGCUUGAAGAUAGUGAACAUAACUGAUGAAAGUGAUCUGUAUUACGCUUCUCUGCCUUUGAUAAUUUGGACAUUAUGUAAAAUAUGAGAAAAGUGACAUGAUGGGUUGUAUAUCAUUAUGUAUGCUACUAUCAUUCUUUGUCCUAGAGUUUGUGUUCCUAUUGAGAUCCAAUUGCGUCGCUUUUGAAUGUGACAAAUGUUACAUUCGCCCCGUUUUCAUAUAAAAAAAUCCAUUGAACACAUAAGAAAAAAAACGAAAGGAAAAAAUGAACAAAUGAAGCACAAUGCGAUUUGAUUAAACUGUCCAAAACAAUAUCUUUAUUUUAAUGAUUAUGUAAAUUAUGUAUUGAAUAUAAAUAUAUACAAAUUUGCUGUAAUUCAAGUCUGUCUGUUUGAACACUUAAACUAUUAUUAAAUAUAUAAACAUAUAUAUAAGAAAAGAUAUUUACAUGUUCAAAUGUUAAACUAGAAUCAACAUAUGUCUUAGAUAGAUUCCAUUUGAUGUAUGUAUAUACAGUUUUUAUGUUCAUUAAGGGAUUUCAUUUUUUAUCAAAGAAAAUAUAUAAAAAAUGACUGAACAAGUCAAUACACUGAUUUGCAGCACACACAGUAACCCUCCUUCAUGUUUUCUCUUGUGUUCUUGUAAAGAAACAGAGGUAUCCGUCUGUGUGUGGGUGUGUGUAAGUAUGGAAGUACAGUAUGUGUGCUUGCAUGUGAAAUGUUGAGUGUUCUCUGAAUAUUUGUAUUUAUUUAUAUAACUGUUUAUGAGAGUUUGAUUUUAUAGUAUUUUUUACUUUGAGUAUCUGUAGAAACAGAUGUAGUGCCACAUGCAGGGGGAAGUUUUUGCUGUAUCAUUGUUGACCUGAUGUGCAAUUCUUUGGUGACAUGGUAGCAGUAACUGGAUCUAGCAUAAAAAAAGGAUUUUAAAAAUAAAGCAACAUUUGAUAGGAAGCAAAAACCUAGGAUAUCCCAUUAGGACAAACAACGUGUCCAAUUCUGCUACAUAUUACCAAGCACAAUUAAUACUAAUUCCAUAGAGAAUAAUGGAAAACUGGUUAAAUAAUCAGAUAAUGACAAAGAAAAAAAGUAAUUCAGCGAAGACAAAACUCUCUCUGGCUGGAAGCUAUAUUUCAGCCCUGUUGCUCGUAAACACAGCCAUUGCUUACACAAAGUCCAUUUUUGGUGUCAUUCUCAAUGUUCUUUACUGCCAUUUUGUAGGAUAGCAGCCAUAUUAUGUGCUCAGAGUAGACACACAAUACAACCAACAAGUUUUAGACUUAAAAAUACUUCAACCAAAGUGGUUACCGAACACAAACUAUUCAUUUUAGACACAGAUGUAAUUUUCAAGCCCUUCAAAUGUUACAACCUAUUUCAAUUGGAGAAAGCGGCAUUGCGCAUUGCCACAUAGUUAUAAAAUUCUAGAAACUGCCAUGCCUGCCGUGACCCUUGGUCACCGGUAGUGUCACAGAUGUUUAUGUGCGCGCAUCUUUAAUUGCCAAAUAUUUUCUACUUCCUCGGUUUGUACUGGCAGAUCUCACACAGGGCACAGACAAAAACGUUAUUUGUAAUGCAUCGAUGUUCUAGAAGGAUGUGGUAAAACAAUAUGAAUAACAAUGUUUUGAAGCUAUAGACAUACAGUAUCUCUCAAUCAGGUGUUUUACUGAGAUGGGAUGCACUUUGUCUUACAAACAUUUAAAUCGAGCUGAAAGCUGGUUACAGUUUAGGGAAGGCUUGAAAACGAUAAAUAUUAAAGAUUUGGUUGGGCAGUCAACUAGAUAAUUGUUUGGACGAACAAACCAAUCAUCUUGAACUUCUUUGAUGUCACUUUUGAAAACGUUUCUGCAGUUUGUAACCCUUUACAUCUCUAACGUGUAGCUGUUGUUCCCUUCAUUGAAUCACGAUGAGUAUGUCACAAUUGCUGUUGUAUGCUGUGAAUUACAGUAACUAAUCUCAGUGAAGCUAUGACUUAUCUGUGUACAUGCAGUCCUUGAUUUGGUCCUCAUUUAAGAUCGUGUAUUACUGGCUGUAAGACUUUUGGGUUUUGUUACAGGGUCUUUUGUAUUUCUAAACGUGUUCACUUAGCAACAAUCAAUCUUGUGUGCAAAGAGAAAUUAAAGCAAUAAGUGGUAAACAUGUUCGCUUUGCCCCCAAAACUAUUGGGCAUGAAAGCACACUAAAAUAUCUGCUGGCCAUAUUCGAUGAAACAGCAGCUGAAAGAAAACAACAGGCCAACAUCCGUGUACUCUACAAAUAUACCAGAGGUCUUCUGAUGCUUUUGUCAGUUUCAGUGUUUUGCCAUAAUUUCAAUGUUACAGAGAGUUUAUCACCUUAUCAUUGUACUGUGCUGUAAAGAUAGUAGAUGUUUGUAUGUAAAUGAAUAAAUAUGUGGAAUAAUAAAAAAAAAUGUUGAACAAAA